AUGGUGUUUAAAAAAAUAUUUUCAUCUCCAAUCCAUUCUGCCGUCUCUUCGGACGACAUUGAUCAUGCUGACUCAGGAAUACAUAGAUUAAAACGCAAAGUUCUGAAAAUUAUGGUAUUAGGAGAAAAAUCAUCAGGAAAAUCCUCAAUAAUUAAAUACCAAGUAGAAAGUUCAGGAUUCACCUAUCAACCUCCAAAAUCGGAUCAAGAGGUUGUUGAAGGCCAAAAUUGUUUCAUAGUUGUUGACGGAAAAGAUGUUACUGUGCGAUUAGUGGAGGCUCCUGAAAUGAAUGAUUUGGGAUUAAUGGUCGAAUGUAUCAAGGAUUGUGACGGUUUUGUGCUAGUCGUAGAUGUAUGCAACCCUCAAUCUAGUUUGCAUAAUUUGAAUAGAUACAAGUCAUUGUUGAUUGAGAAUUUACACAUGUCUCAAAUUCCAUGUAUAAUAGUUGGCAAUAAGGUUGAUUUAGAGAACGAUCGAAAAAUAUCAAAACCGCUCAUUAUGAGCUUGGCCACCAAGUUUUUUGUGGAUAAAUCUGCAGAAGUUGCUGAAUGUAGUGCACUUACAGGCAAAGGCGUGAAUGAAUUAUUUGCUAUGUUAUACACCAUCAUACGACAAUCUCAGAACGAAGACAGGCCAGCGAUCAAAUCUAAAUCAAAGAAAGGCCUUCUGUCAUCUUCUUCAGAAUCAGAAGAUCCUGGCGAAUGGUUAUAA